CAAGAUUUUUGAGGAGCCUUGUUUCUUCCGAGAAUCUUGUUAAUCAUUUUGAGAGACUAAUGGAGAGUAAUAUGCAAAAUUUGUUGGAGAAAUUGAGACCUCUUGUGGGUGCAAGAGCUUGGGAUUAUUGUGUUCUUUGGAGACUAAACGAAGACCAAAGGUUUGUGAAGUGGAUGGGAUGUUGUUGUGGUGGGACAGAACUCAUAGCGGAGAAUGGAACAGAAGAGUUUAGCUACGGAGGUUGUAGGGAUGUUAUGUUUCAUCAUCCUCGGACCAAAUCUUGUGAAUUUCUUUCCCAUCUUCCAGCUUCCAUACCUCUUGAUUCCGGGAUAUACGCGGAGACUCUUCUGACUAACCAGACGGGUUGGUUGAGUGAGAGCUCGGAACCAAGUUUUAUGCAGGAAACAAUCUGUACUAGAGUUUUGAUUCCUAUACCGGGAGGACUAGUGGAGCUCUUUGCGACCAGACAUGUCGCUGAAGAUCAGAACGUGGUGGAUUUUGUAAUGGGACAUUGCAACAUGUUGAUGGAUGAUUCUGUAACGAUCAACAUGAUGGUAGCAGACGAGGUCGAAUCGAAGCCAUACGGGAUGUUAUCCAGUGAUAUCCAGCAAAAGGGUUCGAAGGAAGAAGAAAUGAUGAAUCUCCCUUCGUCUUACGAUAUCUCUGCUGAUCAGAUCCGACUCAAUUUCUUGCCUCAGAUGAGUGAUUAUGAGACACAGCACUUGAAGAUGAAGAGUGAUUAUCAUCAUCAAGCCUUAGGGUAUCUCUCAGAGAAUGGUAACAAGGAAAUGAUGGGUAUGAACCCAUUUAACACGGUGGCAGAAGACGGGAUUCCAGUGAUCGGCGAGCCUAGCUUGCUUGUGAAUGAACAGCAAGUUGUUAACGAUAAGGAAAUGAAUGAGAACGGUAGAGUGGAUUCAGGGUCGGAUUGCAGCGACCAGAUUGAUGAUGAAGAUGAUCCAAAGUACAAGAAGAAGUCAGGAAAAGGAUCUCAAGCCAAGAACCUGAUGGCUGAGAGACGGAGGAGGAAGAAGCUAAACGAUAGGCUUUAUGCUCUCCGGUCGCUUGUUCCCACGAUAACCAAGUUGGACAGGGCGUCGAUUCUUGGCGAUGCAAUCAACUACGUUAAGGAGUUGCAGAAUGAGGCAAAGGAACUUCAAGACGAGCUUGAAGAGAACUCAGAGACUGAGGAUGGAUCUAAUAGGCAGCAAGGAGGGAUGAGCCUGAACGGGACAGUGGUCACUGGGUUUCACCCGGGGAUUUCAUGUAACUCCAACAUUCCUAACGUGAAACAAGAUGUUGAUCUUGAGAAUUCCAAUGAUAAAGGACAAGAAAUGGAGCCACAGGUGGACGUGGCUCAGUUAGAUGGCAGAGAGUUUUUCGUAAAGGUGAUUUGCGAAUACAAACCAGGAGGCUUCACAAGGCUAAUGGAGGCACUGGAUUCUCUGGGACUAGAGGUCACAAAUGCUAACACGACUCGCUACCUCAGCCUUGUCUCCAAUGUCUUCAAAGUCGAGAAAAAUGAUAACGAGAUGGUGCAAGCUGAACACGUAAGGAACUCGUUGCUAGAUAUAACCCGGAACACAUCUAGAGGAUGGCAAGAAGAUCAGAUGGCUACCGGCUCUAUGCAAAACGAAAAGAACGAAGUUGAUUAUCAACACUAUGAUGAUCACCAGCAUCACAACGGUCAUCAUCACCCAUUUGAUCAUCAGAUGAAUCAGAGCGCUCAUCAUCAUCACCACCACCAACACAUCAACCAUUACCACAACCAAUAAGGACCAAUUCCGCAAAGCUAUAAAGAUGUCUGCUUUAC